AUGUCUAGAAGAAGUGCGAGACUUCUUAAUGUAGGGUACUAUGACCAGUCCUCAGAUGAUGAAAUCUCUGGCUCCAUGGUCUCCUACAAGGAGAGCCCUGUGCCUAGGUAGGUAGGUGUGUGUGUGUGUGUGUGUGUGUGUGUGAGUGAGAGAGUAUCGCUGUGUGUGCGGUGAUGCUUAUUGCACUUACGGUGGUAUUAGCACAGUGUUAACUGUGUGUGUGUCAAAUCAAAAUGUAUCUGUGUGUGUCUGUCUCAGGGUAUUCAACAAGAGGAAACCGAGAACAGGGGGCCAUAAGGGAAUCCAAAAGCCAAAUCAGCCAAUCAAAGGUGAUGAAUUAAUUGGUACUGGUGACAUCACUUCCUGCCUGCGCUAGGGGUUGUCCAGAUUGAUAACCCCUAUCUAGCCCCUUGUCCCUAGGACAUGGUUGUUCUGUCUUGCCAACUCCAUGACAAUGAUCAUAGAGUUUGAACAACACAGGACGUCCCUAGCCCGGGGUUAGACACUUUUGUAGAUUGGAAAUAUGCAAAGGAAAGUCAUAAUGCAAUGUUUACCCCACAGCUGUCUGAGCUCUCACCCACCCCCACCCCCCUCUUUCAGCCCGCUCUCUCGAAGGUUAGCAUCCGCCCACCGCCCCUCAUCCUCCCCUCCUCUCUUUCUCUCCCUCCUCCCCCACCCCUCUCUUUCCCUCCUCCCCCCACCCUCUUUUCUCUCUCUCUCCCAACAUCCUCCCACCCCUCUCUUUCUCUCCCCCCCCUCCCCCCCCCUAUUCCUUCCCUCCCCCUCUGUCAGUCAUGGCGCCAACUGUGAGGGCCGUCCAGAGAAGGCAGACCUUCCUGUCUCCUACUGUGGCACCCAGUGUGGCCCCUGUUCCUUUGGCCCCCGCCGCCUCUGUGGCCCUGCAGCCCAGCAUGAGCUCCUCCAGCAUUGGAUUCACCAGAAUUGACAGCUCUGGCUACUGCUCUGAUUCUGAGGAGCCACUGAGGGUCAAGACACGCUCCAACAGGAGACUAUCCAGCGGGAUAGGCACUAGGACCAGUGCCAGCGCUAGCUGCAGUGAGUUCAGUGUGUCUGUCUGUGAGAGACAACACUAGCUUGGCAUUUGCAUGUCUUUAUAUGCUUGUAAAAAAUAAGAAGAUAAAAAAAGCUGGUUAGUUAGCAUUAGCUUAGCAUCAGUGUGUCUCAAUUCAAUUUUCAAUUUAAGGGCCUUUUUAAUUUAUGCGUGUCUCUCUGCUUGAAAUUUGUCAGCAUUAGUUUAGCAUUAGCUCGUCGCUUUGCUUUUGCCUUGUUUGUUAGCAUUAGCAUUAUCUUUGGCUCUGUGUGUCUCCCUGUAGGCCGUUCAUGUUUCCCGACUGGUUUGCCAUCCUGGUUUGUCAUCUUCCUCUUCCUCCUGCCCGUUCUCCUGACCUUCCGUGAGUGUGACGUAACGUUCAUGUUCACACAUCUAAAUAUCCUCCUAUAAAUCUGUCCUCUGUGUGACCCGAACCACAAUGUCUUCCCUGCAGUAUUUGUCUUUCCGACCGUGUUCCCCACCAUGAACCUCAACCUUCCAAUGAACCGGCCGACUCAACCUGACUCUCCGCCCGACCUGACAUCAAAGGCUACAGUAGGACCUCUGUUUUUCAUCUGUCUUCUGGUGACGUCUCACAUGGCACACUAUACCCUAUAUAGUGGCCCACUUAUGUGGGCUCUGGUCAAAGGUAGUGCGCUACAUAGGGAAUAGAGUGCCAUUUGGGGCAGACUGUGUUAUCUAUGUCUUGAUUGGGUGAAUGCUGCAAUGAAGCUAUGCAUGGGCAACACUCUGGUUGACUAGUUAAAACUCUUUCUACAGUAUGGAACUUCUAUCAUGGAUUCAGCUCUUGAAGACAAAAUGGACAACAUCCAGGUACAAAAUAGAGAGAGGGGGGUGGAGAGAGAAUGCACAAAAUGUUUGGCCAUAUUAAUUUAUCUGUCCAUGUGCUUGUCUUGCAGAGAGAGAUUGAAAUUCUUAAACAGAAAGCACACCAGCACCGAGGCAUUUCCCAGGUGAGAAUAGUCAAUCUAUCCCUUUGUAGUGGAAGUACCUGGGAUUAUUUUCUAUUUUUUGCUGUAGUAUUGCCAGUUUGUCAAUUGAGAUGUGGUGUCAAUAAUUGCCCUUCUGGAAUUAAUAAAGUUUAUUCAAUUGAAUUGUGUUUGUGUCCACCAACAGAUGGUACAAAGACUCAAUAUCGACAUGAGGGGAGUAAGGAGCGAGAUGAACAACGUCAGAGGGAAAGGGAACAGGUGAGUGUGGACCAGUCCUGAAACUACCCAUAUAGUCCCUAGCUCCUACCCCAUAAAAAAACAAGACAAAAGUUAUGUUGUAUUCUAUUCUAGAAGACAAAUAUCUGUUUCUCCCAAAAUAGAAAAUACAUUUGUUUUGUGUUGUUUCAUUCUAUUUUAUUGUAGUGUCUCUAUUGCUGUCUCUACUGCUGGAGAGCGUCUGGCCCAGGACGCUGCCGAGUUCGGCAGCAAGAUGGCUGAUCUCCAAGAGGAACAGUCCAUUACCACACAGAGGGUCAGAGCCCUGGAGGACACCAGUGAUACGGUAACACACACGUACACGCAGGCACACGUGCACACACACACACACAUACACACACACACUUCUCCUAAUAUGCGUGAUCUCUGUGUGUUCUCUAGCUGCAGCAACAGGUGACCACCAUUCAAAACCAGCCUCCCCCUGCUCCCACACCAGAAAACAUACACCUGACACCUGAUUUUAAAGAGGCCAUGGAGAAAUGGCUGCGUGACCAACUGGCCCAGGUGGGUUUAUUUAUUUUCUUGUAAAAUAAACAGAAGAUGUGAUGCGUUUUUAAAGUUGACCGUGCAUGUGUGAUUGUGUGUCUGUCUGUGUCUCACAGGAUGAGAGAUGGGACAUGAAACGGGUGAUAAAGGAUUGCAGUCGUCCGUUAGCGGACCGACUGCCUGACUUUGCCUUGGAGUCUCAAGGUUUGUGACAUCACUGUACUUCAGCAUGUUUUCCGUAUGUGCCACAGAAAUAGUCCCAGCACGUGUGGAUGCUUUAUAGACUACAGUAUUGUGUGUGUGUGUGUGUGUGUGUGUGUGUGCGUGUGUGUGUGUGUGUAGGUGGCAGUAUUGUAACCAGCAGAUGCUCUGAGACGUAUCACACCCGUUCGGCCUGCGUGAGCUUCCUGGGGAUUCCCCUGUGGUAUCCUGAAGAGACCCCCCGGACUGUCAUCCAGGUUGGUACCUCUCUCUCCCUUUGUGUCAUCCAGGUACCUAUAUCUCUCUUUCUGAAGUGUGUCGUCUUGACCACCAUGUUUAAAUGCAGGUUAACCAUUCUCCUACAAUUUCCGUGGCCUGCGGAAAUCUAAUUAACAUAAUACAAAAAUUCCCAUCUAAAUCCAUCUGUUUAAGCUAGAGAUAUUUGUUUCUUUGUAUGGGCUGCGUCUCAAUCCACCACAUCCACCGAUAUCGCCCUUCCGCAUCUGCGGUGAAAGGUGGCAAAUUAUUAUGAGACUCUCACAAACACGAUGAUGUUCUGUUUUUUUAUAUUUUUUAUACACUAAAUUUUUUACAUUUUAGUCAUUUAGCAAACGCUCUUAUCCAGAGCGACUUACAGUUAGUGAGUGCAUACAUACAUUUUGUAAUUUUUCAUACUGGCUCCCCGUGGGAAUUGAACCCACAACCAAGGCAUUGCAAACGCCAUGCUCUACCAACUGAGCUACAUCCCUGCCAGCCAUUCCCUCCCCUACCCUGGACGACACUGGGCCAAUUGUGCGCCGCCCCAUGGGUCUCCCGGUCGCGGCUGGCUACGACAGAGCCUGGAUUCGAACCACGCGAUGCAGUGCCUUAGACCACUGCACCCCUUCAAAUGAGUGGAUUCUGUUAUUUCAGCCACACCCAUUGCUGACAGGUGUAUAAAAUCGAGCACACAGCCAUGCAAUCUCCAUAGACAAACAUUGGCAGUAGAAUGGCCUUACUGAAAAGCUCAGUGACUUUCAACGUGGCACCGUCAUAGGAUGGUCCUCUGUAGCUCAGCUGGUAGAGCACGGCGCUUGUAACGCCAAGGUAGUGGGUUCGAUCCCCGGGACCACCCAUACACUAAAAUGUAUGCACGCAUGACUGUAAGUCGCUUUGGAUAAAAGUGUCUGCUAAAUGGCAUAUUAUUAUUAUUAUUAUGCCACCUUUCCAACAAGUCAGUUUGUCAAAAUUCUGCCCUGCUAGAGCUGCCCCAGUCAAUUGUAAGUGCUGUUAUUGUGAAGUGGAAACAUCUAGGAGCAACAACGGCUCAACCGCGAAGUGGUAGGCCACACAAGCUCACAGAACGGGACCGCCGUGUACUGAAGCGCGUACCGAGGUCCAAACUGCCUCUGGAAGAAACGUCAGCACAAUAACUGUUUGUCGGGAGCUUCAUGAAAUGGGUUUCCAUGGCCGAGUAGCCGCACACAAGCCUAAGAUCACCAUGCGCAAUGCCAAGCGUUGGCUGUAGUGGUGUAAAACUUGCCGCCAUUGGACUCUAGAGCAGUGGAGAUGCGUUCUCUGGAGUGAUGAAUCACGUUUCACCAUUUGGCAGUCCGACGGACUAAUCUGGGUUUGGCGGGUGUCAGGAGAACACUACCUACCCCAAUGCAUAGUGCCAACUGUAAAGUUUGGUGGAGGAGGAAUAAUGGUCUGGGGCUGUUUUUCGUGGUUCGGGCUAGGCCCCUUAAUUCCAGUGACGGGAAAUCUUAACGCUACAGCAUACAAUGACAUUCUAGACGAUUCUAGUGCUUCCAACUUUGUGGCAACAGUUUGUGGAAGGCCCUUUUCAGCAUGACAAUACCCCCGUGCACAAAGCGAGGUCCAUACAGAAAUGGUUUGUCAAGAUCGGUGUGGAAGAACUUGACUGGCCUGCACAGAGCCCUGACCUCAAAAUCAAAUAUCUAAAUGAUCCUUGGUAUGACCAUCUUAAAACAAUUCCAUAUGUUGGCUUAGUAGAACCGACCCCCCCCUUAGACUCUAGAUCAGUGUUUCCCAACCCAGGUCCUCCCAACAAUAACAACAAAUGUAUUGUAACCAUGGACAAGCACACCUGAUUCAACUUGUCAACUAAUCAUCAAGCCCUCAAUGAGCUGAAUCAGGUGUGCUUGUCCAGGGCUAUAACGAAACAGUGUACUGUUGGGGGUACUGGAGGACCAGGGUUGGAAAACACUGCUCUAGAGGGUUAAAGACUGAUCCAAAUACACCUGUCACUCAUCUUUCACCCCCUCAGGGCCAGCAGGUGCUGCCUGGCAAGUGUUGGCCGUUUCCUGGGGCCCAGGGCACUAUGACCAUCGCCCUGUCUCACCCCAUCCACGUGACCCAUGUCUCUCUGGAGCACCUCUCCACCGCCGUCUCCCCUAACGAACGCAUCGACAGUGCCCCCAAGGACUUCGCCGUCUACGUGAGUCACCUCUGAGGGCCUGUAUUCACAAAGUCUCUGAGUGUGGGGGGGGGGGGGGGACCCUUUCCUUCCCUGUUCAGCACUCCAACUCUGAGGCUCUUUCCUUUCUUGUACCACAUAGAAUCUACAGUGGGAUGAUUUGUACAGGGAUGUUUUAGUGCUAUGUAGAAUACCUUUUAAUUGACUCCCUCACUUUUUCCCACUCGCUUUCUGUGUAGGGCAUGUCUACUGUCAGCGAAGAGGGAACACUGCUCGGAAUGUUUACAUAUGACCAGGCUGGAGAUCCCCUCCAGACAUUCAAAUUGCCUGUGAGUCCAAUGCUGACAAACUAUUAGAGAUACAUAGUAAAGAUACAGGCUAAUGAGACAGGUAGGGAUACAUAGUAAAGAUUCAGGCUAAUGAGACAGGUAGUGAUACAUAGUAAAGAUACAGGCUAAUGAGACAGGUAGAAAUACCUUUUGGGGCCUAAUGUGUAUGCAUUAAGACUUAUCUCAAAAGUAAAUAAGCUUGGACUUCUCUCACCCUCUUCUCACUCUGACUUUUUUUUUCUCAGAACCCUACUGCAGUGUAUCGGUAUGUGGAGCUCCAUGUCCUCAGCAACUGGGGUCACCAGGACUACACCUGUGUGUACCGCUUCCGGGUUCACGGCAAGAUGGCUUCCUUUUGA